AUGGUCGAAGCCAAGGUCAUCUACAUCGCCCUUCUGCGUUGCAACGACCCCCCGACGUUCCUUCUACAGCACUACAAGCUUUCGGACCUGAAGUUCCUUGCCCGCGGCACGGCGAAAAGCAUAGCCGUUUUCGCUGCUCGGGAAAUCGCCAGCAGGAUAGGUUCAGGGGAGAACGUGAUAGUUCAUGAAGAUAAAUUCGACAUAUUAGCCCAUCGUUGGGACUCGGAUGUCUGUGCUGUAUGCGUCUGCGGCCACGGAUACCCGGAGCGUGUGGCCUUCUCUCUUCUGCAACUGGCGUUCUUUGAGUUUAUCGCGCAAUAUCCCGAUGCAGGUGUGCAGUACAACACUGACGUAAAGCUCAACGUGCCCCAAAUUAAGGCCUUAUUCGAUAAAUACCGGGAUCCUAAACUUGUUGACGCCUACACCAACGUUGCCGACAAGCUGCAGAACACCAUAAGCGUCGUCCACAAGACGCUGGCCGACAUGCUUCAGAACGAGGAAACUCUGGAGGCACUCGUUACCCAAAGCAAGGACCUCUCCACGCGUACGAAGAACGUUUUUUCCAAAAGUCGCAAACUGAAACGGCGAUCGUGCUGCGUAUUUAUGUGA